AUGGCAAACACCGUGGAUACCCUCGUGGCCAAGGCACCAAUUACAUGUGCAGCUGAUAAAUUCUACGAUUUUUUUAAGCUCGACAUGAACGAUCUCGUCGAAGUGUGUGGGAUUCCAAUGACAGUCAAAGUGAAGAUAGAUGAAAUAAGCGAUGCGGAAAAAUCCAUCACAUUCACAGUUUUGGAAGGUGAUCUUUUGUUACUGUACAAAAGCUUCAAGGCCACGCUCACCACUGGGGAGGGCUUGGCCACGACGACUUUCGCCUUUGAGAAAAUGACUAUUUUGACCCCACCUCCGGAGCUCUAUGUUCCCCUGGUCAUCACAAUUUGCACCCUUGUGGAUGCUUUUCUUCUCGCCAACUAA